AUACACCGAAAUAUGGGUUAUGAAAUUCACUUUGCUCCUUGCAUUUCAGGUCAAUGGAAAUGCCUCCUUAACACUCUCCUUGGCACAGACUUCUUAUUGCAAGGAGAAGAGGUAUGAUCCUCAGAAUCCUCUGUGUGCCCAUGUGAUCUUCCAUGGAGUAGUUGAAAAGGUGACUGGAGCAGAAGCAGACUUUGCAAAGACUGCACUGUUCAGCAGACAUACUGAAAUGAAGGACUGGCCUCCCGAUCAUGACUGGUUCUUUGCCAAACUCAACAUUGCCAACAUCUGGGUCCUGAGCCAUUUUGGGGGGAUCGAAAUGGUGACCCCCAAAGAUUAUUUUAAUGCCACCCCUUAUUGAGGAAGAUUUUUGGAUGAAAUGAGUAUCUGCCGAACAGCUUAGCAUUUUGCAGCCCAAAGCCACAAAUGCUGGUGAAGAAGAGAGAAUUCUGGGAUGCCAAAUCUGUGCAGUCUUUUGAAGUCCCUGAUGACAUUGCUUAUCCUGUACACAUUCUAUGCAACCAAGCUUUUCAAAUCUAUUAAUCUACACACUGAAGGAAUCCUGAUUUUGUGCCCCAAGUAUUUAGAGCACUGCAGUAUGCAUAUGGUAGUGUAAUUCAGUUUGCUUUUCCCUCAAAAAACUUAUGUGAAGAAAAAUGCCAAUGAGGGCACCACACUACCUUGAAAGUCGAGCCACAGAAAAAUGCAAAAGGAAGAAAGAAGAGGGGCAGGAAUCAGGAAACCCCAAAUUUAAUGUGAAUUUUCAGCAUCACUUUCCUGGGAGUAAACCUCAUUGAACAGAUCUGGACCAUCAACACGUCUGGUUUGAUACAGUAUGAAGAAUACCUGCUCAGCUGGGGACGUAUCUGCACCUUCCUAAUAACUCAUGUCUGUAAACUCUGUAGGCUGACUUUCAACUUGCCUGGUGUUGAUUACAUUUUGGAACAUAGUCUUUAUAAACAUCUGAGUGGUCCUCAAGUCUGACCUUCAUCUGUGUUCUGAAGAGAAACUAUCCAGUGGUGGAGUAAAACAUGUCAAAUGAGAGCCUGGCUACGAUCUGUUAAUGCUGUCUAGAAGUGCCCUCAUAUGCAGUGUUUGAAGUAGUCUACAAAACAGUGUUAUGAGAGAAUUCAACAUUAGCCCCAAUUGGCUGCAGUGCAGAUGGCUCACUGCACCAUGCCAUCUGUGAGAGGGAGGAUAGAGCCCAGAACUGGCUCCCAAUCUCCUAUCCUUUCUCACCAAGGAUUUCCUAUGUUACUGCUAUGUUACUGGCUCCCAUAUUUCCACAUGAUAUCAUCCUAUGUUUGUGCACAGGCUGUUAACCCAUACUUUCCACUAU